GGGAUCACCAUUGAACAACGUUUAAACUCCGCUCGAAGCCAGCUGCCAAAGCCUGAAACGACUAUGUACAUAGCCUCGACUGGUACAUGAUGCAUGAUGAUCAGGUUUCCUGUUUCAAACUUUCGAGCCAACACAAUAAUCUCAAACCUUGCUCAACAUCACAAGAAAUCAUGGUUUCAAAGUAGUCCAUGACACAAUUACCAUCAUACCAAUGAUCUCAACUGCUUCAGCAUCCAGCGUGAUCCCCGGGAUGGUGUCUAUAUAAGGGCUUUAUAGCGAUAAUCCUUCCAGUCCAGCUUGAUUUCCAAGACUAGACGGCAGCCGUCACCGAUGGGCGGGGAAGCAGAGCUAAGAGUGACCUUUUUCCCUCCACUUUAUCUUCAGAGAAGAAUAUGGGUGCUAGACAUCCUUCGCCGCGAGCAGGUCACCGAGAUCGUAGAUAUCGGGUGCGGGGAGGGUCAACUACUCGCUGUUCUCUGCCAGCCCGCACCAAGUCUUCCGCCUCCUGGCCCUGGCAUAUUGGCAGCUCAUAGCGGUGCGAGUCCAACCGCACUCGAAGCGGGUGAUUUUGAUCUCCACCCAACGCGCGUCACCGGCCUCGACAUCUCAUCUCACGCGCUUGCAUCCGCAAUCGAAGACACCUCUCCCGCUGCCGCAAACACGUCAUACACGCGAUGGGAAUCACUCCAAGUAAACAUCUGGCACGGCGGGCUAGAGAUCUUUAAUCCAGCAUUUAUCAAUGCAGAAUGUAUCGUCGCAACAGAAGUCGUCGAACACCUCCCAGAAGAAAUUCUCGCUGAUUUCGCGCCUAUGAUAUUGGGCGUGUACCACCCUCGCUUACUUCUCGUGACGACUCCAUCAUACGGCUUCAACGCACGUUUCAGCCCUCCUGGCUUGAUAAAUACUGCUACUGGCUUCCCCGAUCCUACGAAACGCACGGACAGGGUGUUCAGGCACCAUGACCACAAAUUUGAGUGGACGAUUGAGGAAUUCCAGGAGUGGUGCGAGGGGACUGCACAGGAAUGGGGAUACGAUGUGGAUACGACGACUAUUGGCCGUGCACAGGAGAAAGAUGAGUGGGGCCGAGAUGAAGAACUAGGGGGUGCGAGCCAGGUUGCUAUCUUCAAGCGUCUCGAAGGCGAGGCUUGGGCUACGAUACGCGAGGAGAAGAGUACCUCGAUGAAAGAAAGUCCGAAGAGCCAAAAGGUGCAUCGUCUACUGGAAACACACCACUACGACGCGCACGUUCGUGCAGGAAAACGAGGGUCGGCUGAGGAGAUUGCGAAGGCUGUAUCAGAUAAGUUUGAUGAAUGGGAAGCGGCUGAGCUGCGAUUGGAAGAAAUCUGGUUUGUAGAGGAAAUCGGAGCGAUAUGCGGUGGGUGGUUCGAAGUUCUGAUCGAGGUUAUCGAGGGAAGUCCAAAGUUUGAUCUUCAAAGAAGCAAGGGGCAGAGAAGGGGAGAUUGGCCGGUGCUGCUAGUUGGAGGCAGGCCUGGGAAGAAGAAGAAGACAUCGGAGUGGGCUCCGGAACAACUGCCAGAUGAUUUGUUUGAAGAAGUCCUGCAGUCGGAAGGAUAUCGUUCUGAUGAUGAUCCAGGUUUUGAUUGGGGAAGUGGUCUGUACUCUUCAGACUCUGGCGUUGACCUUUUGUGGGACAUUAGUAAAGACGAUAAUGCAUGGGCGAAGGAGUCUGCUUGGACAUGCGAUUCUUCGGACGACGUAGUUGACUGGGGCGCUGGUAGGUGGUGCACCUUGUCUGCAGCUUGGGACUUUGAUAGCCCAGAAUGAGCCUGAAACACAAGACUUAAUGUAAUUCAUUGGUAAUAGACGUAGAUAGAUUCGCCUAUAAAUGAUUGUGCGGUUGAAGAGCGUAAAGUUCUGAAAUAGAACAAGUGACCAGUUAUACGAGGCCCCGUCAUGAUGGCGUCCGAUGUUCCGAGUCCGCAACUGAGGGACGCACAAAGGCCACUAGAAGUUCCU